GCUCGGCAGGCAGAGAUGGGCACCGAAGCCGGCGAGGGCAUCACUUUCUCCGUGCCGCCCUUUGCGUCCACGGGCUUUUGCACCAUCCCGGAGGGCGGCAGCUGCCGGAGGGGAGUAGGAGCGGCGACUGCGGCGGCGGAGGGCGAGCCGAGCCUGCAGCCCUUGCUUGUGCCGCCGCCGCCACCACCGCCGGGCAGUUUCUGGAACGUGGAGAGCUCGGCGGCUCCUGGCACCAGCUGCCCUACCACCGCCCCCGGGAGCAGCGCCACUCGGGGCCGGGGCAACUCUGGCAGCGGGGGCGGACGGCGUACCACCGUGGCGUAUGUGAUCAACGAGGCGAGCCAGGGGCAGCUGGUGGUGGCGGAGAGCGAGGCCCUGCAGAGCCUGCGGGAGGCGUGCGAGGCGGUGGGCGCCACCUUGGAGACCCUGCAUUUCGGGAAGCUGGACUUUGGGGAAACCACGGUGCUGGACCGUUUUUACAACGCGGAUAUCGCCGUGGUGGAGAUGAGUGAUGCCUUCCGGCAACCUUCCCUGUUUUACCAUCUUGGAGUGAGAGAGAGCUUCAGUAUGGCCAACAACAUCAUCCUCUACUGUGAUACUAACUCUGACUCACUUCAGUCCCUGAAGGAAAUCAUUUGCCAGAAGAAUACUGUGUGCACUGGGAACUACACCUUCAUUCCCUACAUGGUGACACCACACAACAAGGUCUACUGCUGUGACAGCAGCUUCAUGAAGGGCCUGACAGAGCUCAUGCAGCCCAACUUCGAGCUCCUGCUGGGGCCCAUCUGCUUACCUCUUGUGGACCGUUUUGUUCAGCUUUUGAAGGUGGCGCAAGCGAGUUCCAGCCAGUACUUCCGGGAAUCUAUACUCAAUGAUAUCAGGAAAGCUCGAAAUCUCUACACUGGUAAAGAGUUGGCAGCUGAAUUGGCCAGGAUCCGGCAGCGGGUAGACAAUAUUGAAGUUUUGACUGCAGACAUUGUUAUCAACCUGUUGCUUUCCUACAGAGAUAUCCAGGACUAUGACUCCAUCGUGAAGCUGGUAGAGACUUUAGAAAAACUUCCAACCUUUGACUUGGCCUCGCACCACCACGUGAAGUUUCAUUAUGCGUUUGCACUGAACAGGAGAAAUCUCCCUGGAGACAGAGCAAAAGCUCUUGACAUCAUGAUCCCCAUGGUACAAAGUGAAGAGCAAGUCGCUUCAGAUAUGUAUUGUCUGGUUGGCCGAAUCUACAAAGAUAUGUUUUUGGAUUCAAAUUUUACUGACACUGAAAGCAGGGACCAUGGAGCAUCUUGGUUCAAAAAGGCAUUUGAAUCUGAGCCAACACUACAGUCAGGAAUUAAUUAUGCAGUCCUCUUGCUGGCAGCUGGGCACCAGUUUGAGUCUUCUUUUGAGCUUCGGAAAGUUGGAGUGAAGCUGAGCAGCCUUCUGGGUAAAAAGGGGAACUUGGAGAAACUCCAGAGCUACUGGGAAGUCGGAUUUUUUCUGGGAGCCAGUGUCCUGGCCAAUGAUCAUCUGAGGGUCAUUCAGGCAUCUGAGAAGCUGUUCAGACUGAAGACACCAGCAUGGUACCUCAAGUCUAUUGUGGAGACCAUUUUGAUAUAUAAGCAUUUUGUGAAACUGACCACAGAGCAGCCCACAGCCAAGCAGGAACUCGUGGACUUCUGGAUGGACUUCCUGGUUGAGGCCACAAAAACAGAUGUUACUGUCGUUAGAUUUCCAGUAUUAAUAUUAGAGCCAACCAAAAUCUAUCAGCCUUCUUACCUGUCUAUCAACAAUGAAGUGGAGGAGAAGACGAUCUCUAUUUGGCAUGUUCUCCCUGAUGACAAGAAAGGUAUACAUGAGUGGAACUUCAGUGCUUCCUCUGUCAGGGGCGUGAGUAUCUCCAAGUUUGAAGAACGAUGCUGUUUCCUUUAUGUGCUUCACAAUUCUGAUGAUUUCCAAAUCUACUUCUGCACAGAACUUCAUUGUAAAAGGUUUUUUGAAAUGGUGAAUACCAUCACUGAAGAGAAGGGGAGAGGCACAGAGGAAGGAGACUGUGAAGGUGACUCUCUGGAGUACGACUACGAAUAUGAUGAAAAUGGAGACAGAGUCGUGUUAGGAAAGGGUACCUACGGGAUAGUCUACGCAGGCCGGGACCUGAGCAACCAGGUCAGAAUUGCUAUUAAGGAAAUCCCAGAGAGAGACAGCAGAUACUCUCAGCCCCUGCAUGAAGAAAUUGCCUUGCACAAGCAUCUGAAACACAAAAACAUUGUCCAGUAUCUGGGCUCCUUCAGUGAGAAUGGUUUCAUCAAAAUCUUCAUGGAGCAAGUCCCGGGAGGAAGCCUCUCUGCUCUCCUUCGUUCAAAAUGGGGCCCAUUAAAGGACAAUGAGCAAACAAUUGGCUUCUAUACAAAACAGAUAUUGGAAGGAUUAAAGUACCUUCAUGACAAUCAGAUAGUCCACCGGGAUAUAAAGGGUGACAAUGUAUUGAUUAAUACCUACAGUGGUGUGCUCAAGAUCUCUGACUUCGGGACAUCCAAGAGGCUUGCUGGCAUAAACCCAUGCACCGAAACCUUUACAGGUACCCUUCAGUAUAUGGCUCCAGAAAUAAUCGAUAAAGGACCACGAGGCUAUGGAAAGGCCGCCGACAUUUGGUCACUGGGCUGCACAAUCAUCGAAAUGGCUACUGGAAAACCACCAUUUUAUGAACUAGGAGAGCCACAAGCAGCCAUGUUCAAGGUGGGGAUGUUUAAGGUCCACCCGGAGAUUCCAGAGUCCAUGUCAGCUGAGGCCAAAGCGUUCAUACUAAAGUGUUUCGAACCAGACCCUGACAAGAGAGCCUGUGCCAAUGACUUGCUUAUUGAUGAGUUCUUAAAAGUUUCCAGCAAAAAGAAGAAGACACAGCCCAAACUUUCAGCUCUCUCUACUGGAUCGAACGAGUAUCUUAGAAGCAUAUCCCUGCCAGUCCCUGUCCUGGUAGAAGACACCAGCAGCAGUAGCGAAUAUGGCUCCGUUUCUCCUGAUACAGAGCUAAAGGCAGACCCCUUCUCCUUCAAAAGCAGAGCUAAGUCCUGUGGAGAAAAGGACGGGAAAGGGAUCCGGACACUGUUCCUGGGCAUUCCAGAUGAAAAUUUUGAAGAUCACAGUGCACCCCCAUCCCCUGAAGAGAAAGACUCUGGCUUUUUUAUGCUGAGAAAGGAUAGUGAGAGGCGGGCUACCCUUCAUCGGAUCUUGACUGAAGACCAGGACAAGGUUGUAAGGAACCUCAUGGAAUCUCUGGCCCAGGGUGCUGAAGAGCCUAAACUAAAGUGGGAACACAUCACAACCCUCAUCUCGAGCCUCAGAGAGUUUGUGAGGUCCACUGACCGAAAAAUCAUAGCUACUACACUGUCCAAGCUCAAGCUCGAGCUGGACUUCGACAGCCAUGGUAUCAGCCAGGUGCAGGUGGUCCUCUUUGGCUUCCAGGAUGCGGUCAAUAAAGUUCUUCGGAAUCAUAACAUCAAGCCACACUGGAUGUUUGCCUUGGACAGUAUCAUCCGGAAGGCUGUGCAGACAGCUAUUACCAUUUUGGUUCCAGAGUUGAGGCCACAUUUUAGCCUUGCAUCAGAGAGUGACACAGCUGAUCCAGAAGACUUGGAUGUUGAAGAUGAACAUGAGGAAUCACCUUCAAAUCAAACGGUCCGAAGGCCUCAGGCCGUCAUCGAGGAUGCUGUGGCUACCUCAGGUGUGAGCACACUCAGCUCCACUAUAUCCCACGAUUCCCAGAAUGCACACAGGUCGCUGAAUGUGCAGCUUGGAAGGAUGAAAAUUGAAACUAAUAGGUUACUUGAAGAAUUGGUUCGGAAAGAGAAAGAGUUACAAGCACUCCUUCAUCGAGCGAUUGAAGAAAAAGACCAAGAAAUUAAGCACCUGAAGCUUAAGUCCCAACCCAUAGAUAUCCCUGGGUUUCCUGUGUGCCACCUGAAUUCUCCCACCACAACCACUGAAGAUUCUGAACUUACUGGAUGGCUGAGAGAAAAUGGAGCUGAUGAAGACACUAUAAGUCGGUUUCUGGCUGAGGACUACACACUAGUGGAUGUUCUUUACUAUGUCACACGUGACGAUUUGAAGUGCCUCAGACUAAGGGGAGGGAUGCUGUGCACGCUGUGGAAGGCCAUCAUUGACUUUCGGAACAAAUGUGCCUGACUGCCACCAGGGUGACCUUGAUUGGAGAUUCUGAACAUUCAGAACUGCUCCCCUUGUAGGAGGGGAGUCGAAAGGAGGAGAGAAGACGCUGCACUUUAAAUCCAGUAUUUGUUUACUCGUGUCAGAGAGAGAGAGAGAGACAGAGAGACAGAGAGAGAGAGAGAGAGAGAGAGAGAGAGAGAGAGAGAGAGAGAGAAAGAAAGAAAGAAAGAAAGAAAGAAAGAAGGAAAGAAAACGCACUAAACUUUCCUAACUUCCAUUUCUACAAGAUUCCUACGGACUCUUCGUACAGGCUUUCAGAAUAAUCCGAGAGCUGUAACAUCGGGAUCAUUUUUCAUCUACACAUUUUGAUGGAGAGGUUUUUGAAGUCACCAGCGAUUGCGUUUCAACUCAGUGUUUACCACAGAAGAGACAGAAAGUUUUGUGAGACUGUAUACCACUGGAACAAAACCAAAAUGUGACCAUGGCUUUUUAGGUUCUGUGUGUGUAGUAUGCCCAAGCAUCUGAGCAGAAAUGCAUAAUUUCAAUUGUUGUACAAAUUUGUUUUUUUUUAAAGUGUGCAGAAUCUGAGAGUAAUGGUUUCUACUCUGUACUAAUUGUCAUAUUGACUGUAUUUUGUAACUUAAGUUUCUGGCCGAGGGUGUGUUUGUUGGAGGGUUUGUGUACUACUGAAUGGUACCAGUUGUGCAUGCUGGAUCAUAGUGAUGUUAGCUUGUUCUAAAGCUAUCCAUUGUAUCAUAUUUACAUAAAAGUAAAAAGAUUGCCGGUAUGCUACUUUGACAAAGUC